AUGGCGACGUACGGCCGAAUUACGGAAUUCGACGAACAGACUGAAGAUUGGGGUCAGUACAUUGAACGUUUAGGCCAUUACUUCGUAGCAAACGAAAUUGACGAUAAUGGAAAGAAACGGGCCAUAUUUCUAUCAGUUUGCGGUAGUAAAAUCUACAAACUCAUGUGUGAUCUGCUGUCACCAGCCAAACCUGGUGAUAAAACAUUCGCUCAACUGGCUGAAAUUGUCAAAAACCAUUUACAACCCAAGCCAUCCGAAAUCGUACAAAGAUACAAGUUCCACAGUUGUUUCAGAACGAGUGACCAAUCAGUAUCAACCUAUGUUGCUCAUUUACGUCAUCUUUCUGCUGACUGUAACUUUGGAGACACUUUAGAGCCUAUGUUACGAGACAGAUUGGUUUGUGGGGUAAACAAUGACCGGAUUCAGCGACGGUUACUGGCUGAGCGUGAAUUAACUUUUGAAAGGGCAUUAACAAUAGCUCAGGGAAUGGAACAGGCAGAGCAGAGUGCUGCAGAUCUACAGAAAAAUGAGAAAUUAGGUGCAAAUAGUCAUUCUGUAAAUAAGGUCAAACAUGACAAACAUUCCAACUAUUCAAAGAAGCAGACUCCUCCAUUGAAAGAGUGUUGGAGAUGUGGGGGGAAGAAACAUACUCCUCAAGAGUGUUUCUUUAAAGACAGUGAAUGUUAUAUUUGCAAGAAAAAGGGGCAUCUCAAGAAGAAAUGUAAAGAAGCCCAAGAAGGUACUUCAUCAAAGAACAAAAGUAGUUCAAGAUACAAAAAGAAAUCAAAGCAUCUGUACUUAGAUGGAAAAGAAGACAAUAGUUCAGACAAUGAGUAUACCUUUUAUAGAAUGAAUUCAAAUAAAAGAGAGAAACCCAUAGUUGUGAAUUUUCUGUUAAAUGGCAUAUCAGUCCCCAUGGAAAUAGAUACGGGAGCUUCCAAGUCAGUCAUAUCGCGAAAGACGUUAAAGAACAUAGACGGGAAAAUGAAGCCAACUCAUGUUAAGUUAAGGACAUACACGGGGGAAGAGAUACCAAUCGUGGGCGAAACCAUGAUACGAGUAUCCAGCGGAAACCAAACGCGCGAUUUUACAGCGAUCGUUGUCGAAGGCGAUGGUCCAGAUUUGGUCGGAAGAGACUGGCUUCAAUCUAUACAACUGAACUGGCAUAGUAUUUUUAAAACGCUCGAAAGUACUGAUGAAAACGAUUUAAUUCGUGAUUUUGAAGGCAUUUUCGACGGCGAAAGAGGUACUUACCAGGGAAUUAAAGCUAAGAUAAUACUUAAAGAUGGGGCACAGGCCAAAUACUUUAAGGCAAGAGCGGUACCGUACGCACUUAAAGAAAAAAUUGGUAAGGAACUGGAUAAGUUAGAGACAGAAGGUUCAAUAAGGAAAGUACAAUACUCAGAAUGGGCAGCUCCAAUAGUGCCAAUAGUGAAAGAAGAUGGAAGUAUCAGGAUAUGCGGGGAUUAUAAAGUAACCAUAAAUCCUGCGUCACAAUUGGACAAUUACCCCAUUCCAAAGACUGAAGAUUUAUUCGCGAACUUGAAAGGAAAAUACUUUUCCAAGUUAGAUCUCAGUAGCGCGUACCAGCAGAUUGAAUUAGAUGAAAAUUCAAGACAAUACACUACAAUCAAUACUCACCAAGGACUUUACGAGUACAAUAGACUUUGCUAUGGAAUAUCUUCAAGUCCAGGAAUAUUCCAAAGAGUUAUGGAUAACAUUGUACAAGGGCUAGAAGGAGUAAGGGUGAGAGUAGAUGACAUUUUAGUAGCGGGAAAUACUGUGCAUGAACACAACACAAGAGUACGCGAGGUUUUUAAGAGACUUCAAGAAGCAGGAAUGAAACUGAAGAAAAGUAAAUGCAUCUUCAUGGGUAAAGAAGUGAUAUAUCUUGGACAUAAAAUAUCAGAAUCAGGGGUUGAACCACUUAAAGAUAAAAUUCAAGCAGUGGAAGCAAUGGAAAGACCCACUGACAAGAAAGAGCUACAGAGCUAUUUAGGGUUGAUAAACUAUUAUUCGAGAUUUCUACAAAAUAUCUCGACAGUGUUAGCGCCAAUGUACUUACUUCUUCAAAAAGGAGAACCAUUCACCUGGGGCAAACAACAAGAAGAGUCGUGGAUUAAGUCUAAAAAACUAUUAGUUGAAUCAGACCUUCUAGUGCAUUAUGAUCAAAGUAAGGAAGUCAUACUUACAUGUGAUGCGUCACAAUAUGGAGUGGGAGCGGUAUUAUCUCACAAAAUGGAAGAUGGUUCGGAACGACCGAUUGCUUUCGCGUCCAGAACAUUAACAAAGAGUGAAAAGAAUUAUAGCCAGAUAGAGAAAGAAGGACUAGCUAUUAUUUUUGGGGUUAAAAAAUUCCAUCAGUACUUGUAUGCAAACAAACAGUUUUGUAUCAUUACGGAUCAUAAGCCUUUGUUAGGAUUGUUCAAAGAGGGCAAAGGGACAUCAAUGAUGGCUUCGGCAAGAAUCGUUCGUUGGUCAUUAAUAUUAAGUGCCUACAACUACAUCCUUGUGCAUAAGCCUGGAUCAUGCAUAGGGCAUGCAGAUAGUCUGAGUAGAUUUCCGCUAAAAACGGAAAAUAAGGAACCACCAGUACCAGGGGAGACGAUUCUGUUAAUGAACUUCCUAGAAACAAGUCCCGUGACUUCAAAACAGAUUAGACAAUGGACAGCUAGUGAUCCUGUUUUGAGUAAGGUGAAAACAUACAUUGUGCAAGGUUGGCCAUUUGAUGUUGACAAUGACUAUAAGCCAUACUUUAACCGUCAAAGUGAACUGAGUGUGGUUAGUGACUGCAUACUUUGGGGAACAAGGGUAAUCGUACCACCACAAGGUCGUGAAAUGUUACUAAAUGAACUACAUGAUGGACAUAUUGGCAUGAGCAAGAUGAAAGCACUAGGACGUUCAUAUCUAUGGUGGCCAAAUAUGGACAAAACAUCGAACUUAAAGUAA